AUGUCGGCCUUCCACCACGGCAUCACCAUCAUCAUCAACGAUUCCGCGGCAGCGCCAGCAGCGGCCGCGACGCCCGGAAGGGGCCUUUCCGCGCUCGUGCCCCUCGACAGCUUCGGCAACGUGCUGCUCUUCCUCUUCAGCGUAACGCUCGCGUCCGCCAUCGUCUUCUUCAACGUGUCCGUGCUGCUGUCCAUCCUGCUCAACCGGUCGCUUCGCGCCCAGAACCGCUGCAUGUACAUGCUGAGCACGUGCUGCAGCGACACGUGCACCGGCGUCUCCUACUACUACGUGGGCGCGCUCGACGUGCGCGACGUGUACGACUCCGCCACGCGGACCUACUACGUCGCACCCACCUUCCUGGGCAUCUCCUACAUGGCCGUUCUGGCGGCGCAAGCGGACCGCUACCACGCCGUGGCGGCUCCCUUCACGUACGCGCGCAGGAUGACGCGAACGCGCACUCUGCUCAUCAUCGCCGCCUACUGGCUGUACGCCUUUCUCAUAGUCGCGCUCAACAACCUGGUGACGGUGGGGGUGGCGAAGAAGGUCUCGAGCAUCGGCGCGUUCGUGAGUAACAUCUUCUCGGUGCUCAUCAUGAUCGGCCUCAACGUGCGCCUCUUCCUCAUCGCCAAGUUCCAGCUGGAGAGGGAGCCGCCGUCGCGGGAGCGAGAGCGGAAGCGCGCCUCCGUCCACCUCGUCGUCGUCGUGUCCGCGUUCUUCCUCGGCACGUGGCUGCCCUUCCUUCUCCACGUCAUCGCGUGUAACUUUGCGGGCUCCCCUUGUUACGUGUUUCGCAACGAGGGCACGGACCCCCUGCGGGUUCUGCCGCGCGUGAACGCGCUCCUCACGCCGCUCUUGUACGUCCGAGGCUGUGCGGCCCUCAGGGCCACGUUGUUGGCCAAGGUGUGGAGACCCGGCUGCUGCUGUGGAGGUCGGAGGUGA